CCACAAUUAGAGAACAAAAAUAUUUUCCACUGUCAUGAAAGCGAUUGGUUGAAUACCAUUUUUUUUUUAUCAAGAAGAGAUUUUAUAUGCGUAUGAUCUGAAUUGAAUAUUUUAAAGAUUCGCGUUUUCAUUCUUAAUAAAGAAUAAAAUAAAAAACAUAACGUUAUUGUCAACAAUAACCAAAUCAACAGAGAAACAAUAAUCCCAGUUGUAAGAGAAGUGAGCUCCUACAAAAGCUGCAAAAAGGCCGACCAGAGACAACGUGGUGGAAUUGUUCAGAAUUCAAUAGAACAAUUGUAGAAAAUAUUGCUGAAUAAACAAUUACAUUUUGCAUUAACGAAAUAUGCAAAUUCGCCAAUGAAACCUGAAUAACUUUGAGAUAUUGUAAUAAUUAAAUCUACAAGGAGAUUAUCAUCAUGUCCACAGAAGCGCAACAACCGCAAGAUGCGGGAAAUGAGGUCGCUGUUGCAAAUGGAGAUGUUCCCGCCGAAGGUGAUCAGCCCCAAGGUCAACAGCAGGCAGCACCACAAUCAAAAAUGGAAUCAUUCUUUGCCAUGACAAAGUCAUUAAUUCUGCGUGCACUUAUUAUCUACUUUGUGUCGUCGUUCUUUAGAAGAGGGCAACCAGUUGCCAAUAAUGCUAAUGAAAAAUCACCUGCCGCCGCUGGUCCCAAAAUACAUGCUUGGAAUUAUUUUGAGAAUGGCACCCUGUUUGAUUUACAUGUCUGGCUAUCUGACGAUAUUGAUCAAGUUAAUUUCCAACAAAAGUCAAAUUUAUUGUGGCUUCAGGAGGAUUUAACUUAUGGUGACUGGAAGUCAGGUCCCAAUCGCGAUGGUACUUACUAUCAUCAUGUCAAUGUGAAAGCCACACCAAAGCUGAUGACCAAUGGCAGCAUAUAUUUACAUGUCUUCGUAACAAAACAGGGUGAAUCGCCCGAUCCCAAUUCGCCAUAUUUCGCGCGAAAUGGUGUGAUGGGACAUCAGACAAGACAAUUGAAUAAAUUCAAAAAGAUACGAGUCAAUAGGAAUUAUAAUCUUUUGGCCAGUGAACAGGAAAAGUUGGCCUUUGAACUGGCACAAGUAAACUUGAAGGAUACCAUAGUGUCGCAUUGGCAUCCGAAUUUGACAUUAAAUCUAGUGGUGGAUCAAACAAAUUGGGCCCAGGGUACAGUGCCGCCUCCAUUGGAUGAAUUUGUUAAAUUUGUAGAUAAUGGCAAAACCUAUUUGCCGAUUGUUUUUAUAAAUGACUAUUGGAAUUUGCAACGUGAAUACUAUCCCAUAAAUGAAACAACACCAGAAUUGCCCUUGCAUUUGACCUUUCAACCCAUAGGCAUGUUCAAAUGGCAGCUGUAUGCUGCGCAACAGAUGAAGAAUAAAUUUGCGGGCAAUAUGUUGGGCGAACUAAUGGCUUCCGGUGGUGGAGAGGAAUCCGAUGAAGAUCAAGAUUCUCUUAAGGAGACCAUGCUGGAAACAAACAUCUACCUUCUGGGCUUGACUAUAGCCAUAUCCAUACUGCAUUCUGUUUUCGAGCUCUUGGCCUUUAAAAAUGAUAUACAAUUCUGGAAUAAUCGUCAGUCCCUUGAAGGCCUCUCAGUACGCUCGGUUUUCUUUGGCGUCUUUCAAUCACUCAUAGUUCUGCUCUACGUAUUGGAUAAUGAAACUAAUUUUAUGAUACGCGUUUCAUGUUUCAUUGGUCUGGGCAUUGAAGUAUGGAAGAUACACAAAGUGGUGGACAUUAACUACAACACCGACCACAAGUUGCUGGGAAUUUUUCCCAAAAUUUCUUUCAAAGACAAAGGAUCAUAUUCGGAAAGCGCUACCAAAGAAUAUGACAAUUUAGCUUUCAAAUAUUUAGGAUGGGUAUGCUUUCCUCUGCUCAUCGGUUAUUUUGUCUACUCAUUGGUGUAUAACGAACACAAGGGCUGGUACUCUUUUGUUCUAAAUAUGCUGUACGGCUAUUUGCUGACAUUCGGCUUUAUUAUGAUGACACCCCAACUAUUUAUUAACUAUAAGCUUAAGUCCGUGGCCCAUAUGCCUUGGCGUAUGAUGACAUACAAAUUCUUGAACACAUUUAUCGACGACAUCUUUGCUUUUGUUAUAAAAAUGCCCACUAUGUACAGAUUGGGAUGCUUCCGUGAUGACAUCAUAUUCUUUGUAUUCCUUUAUCAACGUUGGCAGUAUCGCGUUGAUCUUAAGCGUGUCAAUGAAUUUGGCUUCUCAGGUGAAAUGGAAGAGCAGGCCGCCCAAAAGAAAUUGGAAGGCACCACACCCGCUCUCAAGGAUAAGCCCGCCGUCGAGGCAAACGCCAAACCGAAAUCUGCACAAGACAAGAAAAAGGACUAAUGAUAAUCGUUUGUUUUAUAUAAAAAAAUAUAAAUACAAAUAUAUAUAUAUUUAGCAUUUUAUUUAUAAAAUGUACAUUUGUAGGAGAUUUUAAUGAAUUACAACUGCUAAAGUAUUGUUUACUCUUUGUAGUUCAUACAUUCAUUCAUUCAUUUGAGAAUUCUUGUGUAAAUUUUUUUAAUGAAUCGUUGUUGUUUUCUUUAUUUUUUUAGAGAAAUAUUAGUUUUAUGAGCAUUAAGUUAUUGUCAACAUUUUCCAUAGAAGAUUUUUGUUUGAUAGACUACAUGCCCCUAGAUGCGCAUAAGAGUUUCAUAUCCCAUUGUGCGGGCAACUUAAUAAAGUUGACUCAACACACACA